ACGCGCGCGGCCGCCUCCGGGCAGGCGGGGGCGGGGCCCAUUGCGUCAUCCGGGCGCGCGCUGCAGACAGCGCCGUGGUUGCCGGAAGUUGGGCGGCGUUACCCAGGCGGCAUUGUACUGAUUACAGUGGACAGGGCAGGAUCUGCAGGGAGACCAGUCAGGGCACUAUUGCUGUGGUCCAUGUGACAAAGGAGAGAGGCCUGAACCAAGCAGGCAGUAAAUAAUGGCGGCAGCUACGGGGGACUCCGGACUCUCCAGAUUGCAGUUUGCCCCCUUCAGCAGUGCCUUGGAUGUUGGAUUCUGGCAUGAGUUGACCCAGAAGAAGCUGAACGAGUAUCGGUUGGAUGAAGCUCCCAAGGACAUCAAGGGUUAUUACUACAAUGGUGAUUCUGCUGGGCUGCCAGCUCGCUUAACAUUGGAGUUCAGUGCUUUUGACAUGAGCGCCCCCACCCCGGCCCACUGCUGCCCGGCUGUUGGAACACUGCAUAACACCAACACACUCGAGGCUUUCAAGGCUGCAGAUAAGAAGCUACUUUUGGAACAAGCAGCAAACGAGAUCUGGGCGUCCAUCAGGUCGGGCGCGGCCCUGGACAACCCUGUCCUGCUCAACAAGUUCCUCCUCUUGACCUUUGCAGAUCUAAAGAAGUACCACUUCUACUACUGGUUUUGCUCCCCCGCUCUCUGCCUUCCAGAGAGUAUACCCCUCGUGCAGGGACCAGUGGGCUUGGAUCAGAGGUUUUCACUGAAACAGAUUCAGGCCCUUGAGCGUGCAUACGAUGAUCUUUGUCAAACAGAAGGAGUCUCAGCGCUACCUUACUUCUUAAUCAAGUAUGAUGAGAACGAGGUGCUGGUGUCCUUGCUUAAGCACUACAGUGACUUCUUCCAAGGUCAGAGGACAAAGAUUACUGUCGGUGUAUAUGAUCCCUGUAACUUAGCCCAGUACCCUGGCUGGCCUUUGAGGAAUUUUUUGGUCCUCGCAGCCCACAGAUGGAGUAGCAGUUUCCAGUCUGUUGAAGUCCUCUGCUUCCGGGACCGCACCCUGCAGGGAGUGAGAGACAUCACCCACAGCAUCAUCUUCGAAGUGAAGCUUCCAGAAAUGGCGUUUAGCCCAGAUUGUCCCAAAGCAGUCGGAUGGGAAAAGAACCAGAAAGGAGGCAUGGGACCAAGGAUGGUGAACCUCAGCGAAUGUAUGGACCCUAAGAGGUUAGCUGAGUCAUCAGUGGAUCUAAAUCUCAAAUUGAUGUGUUGGAGAUUGGUCCCUACUUUGGACUUAGACAGAGUUGUGUCUGUCAAGUGUCUGCUGCUUGGAGCUGGCACCUUGGGUUGUAAUGUAGCUAGGACGCUGAUGGGCUGGGGUGUCAGACACAUCACGUUUGUGGACAAUGCCAAGAUCUCCUAUUCCAACCCUGUGAGGCAGCCUCUCUAUGAAUUUGAAGAUUGCCUGGCAGGUGGUAAGCCCAAGGCCGUGGCGGCAGCAGACCGGCUCCAGAAAAUAUUCCCCGGAGUGAACACCAGUGGGUUCAACAUGAGCAUCCCCAUGCCGGGCCAUCCGGUGAACUUCUCCAGCGUCACCCUGGAGCAGGCCCGCAGGGAUGUGCAGCAGCUGGAGCAGCUCAUCGAAGGCCACGACGUCGUGUUCCUGUUGAUGGACACCAGGGAGAGCCGGUGGCUGCCUGCCGUCAUCGCUGCAAGCAAGAGAAAGCUGGUCAUCAAUGCUGCUUUGGGGUUUGACACAUUUGUUGUCAUGAGACACGGCCUGAAGAAACCUAAGCAGCAGGGCGCCGGGGACUUGUAUCCCAGCCACCCCGUGGCACCUGCCGACCUGGGCUCGUCACUGUUUGCCAACAUCCCUGGCUACAAACUUGGCUGCUAUUUCUGCAACGAUGUGGUGGCCCCGGGAGAUUCAACCAGAGACCGGACCUUGGACCAGCAGUGCACUGUGAGCCGUCCGGGACUGGCCAUGAUUGCGGGAGCCCUGGCAGUGGAGUUGAUGGUUUCUGUCUUGCAACAUCCAGAAGGGGGCUACGCCAUCGCCAGCAGCAGUGACGACCGCAUGAAUGAGCCUCCAACGGCUCUUGGGCUCGUGCCUCACCAGAUCCGGGGAUUCCUGUCACGGUUUGAUAACGUCCUUCCUGUCAGCCUGGCGUUUGACAAGUGUACAGCUUGUUCUUCUAAAGUCCUUGAUCAAUAUGAGCGAGAAGGAUUUAAUUUCCUAGCGAAGGUGUUUAAUUCUUCACAUUCCUUCUUAGAGGACUUGACCGGUCUUACGUUGCUGCAUCAAGAGACCCAAGCUGCUGAGAUCUGGGACAUGAGCGACGACGAGACGGUCUGACAGGCCCCGCGAGGCCCACCCCUCCCCGGCUGCCCGCCCAGGGGCUCGGUGUCGCCGGCGCAGGACAGCCGCCCCAGGACCGGUGAUUUGGGCCCCGCGCCUCUCCAACCGUCGGUCCCCUCCGCUCCACACCCCGAGGCCAAGGCCCCCCUCCGCUGCCUGGGAGCUCCUGGUGUUCCCCAUUUCUUACGACUUACCAUCUCACCAGCUCUGAGCUAAAUAAUAACCUUGGCUUUGGCUUUGCCAUUGAUCUGGGACUUGGUUCCCUCCACGAGCCGUUCUUUCUUCUUGUUGUCACAAGUGUCUGGUCAUCAAGGUCCCAGGUGCCUUCUGGCCUUGACCCCCAUGGGGUGGCAGGCCAGGGAGAAGCCCGCCCCGCACAGACCAGGUGAAAAGUGAGAAACCAGCUCCUUCCGGCAGCCAUUGUGGGGGCCACAGCAAACCGCACAGGGGACCCCGGGCCCUGUGAGCACCGGGGUCCUUGUCAGUGGUCGUCAGCUUGGUUGCUGGAGGAGGUGGCAGGAGAGCCGAGCUGCCCCUGGGGCCUCUGUGCUGGCCUUGGGCUCCUCCACCCCUAGCCUGUCCUCAGCCGCGGGCACUGCUCAGGGAGGAAUGAAGUUUCUGGCUGAUCUGGGGUGGUGGAAGGGCCCAGGGACAGGUCCUAAGGCCAGAUCCUCAAAGCUGCCUGGGUGGAGCCCCUCCUGCUUCUGUGGACACCCAAGGCCCAGAGGAGGCCUCAGGCCUCACACCAGGGCCUGACCCCCAAUAGGGGAGCUGCUGCUCCCAUCCCAGAGAUCCCUGUUGGUGGCUUGGCAGCCCCGACUUCACGUGGGGUGGAGUCCAUACGUGUCUGCCCUGGGCUGCGGUCAGGUGUUCGUCAGGGGCGGUGAGAGGGGUCAGAUGGCUCUGCCGUGGGCCCCUCAGGCUGGUCGUCCCCUCGUCCCAGGCGUGCACGUCUGUGACACCCACAGAGCUUGCACAGAAACCCAGGAGAGGGAGGUGCCCUUUCCACACUUGUAUUUUAUUUCUGUGGUGUCCAUGUUUUGCGCCUGGAACCAAAGUCAAAAUUGAGGCUGACUUGUACAAGAGUAGGUUUUCUGUAGGUUAGGUUUUAAAUGAUGCUUCUCGUGGAGUUAAAAUUACAGUUUUCCAGCCUGUGUGGGGCUUAAAUCGGGCGCCACUGCACACAGGCGCAGGGCUGCUGAGCCCGGCCGCCCAGCCUGGCUCCGCCACCCCAGGACCCAAGGAUCUCACAUACAGUCUGUGGUUUAAGAGCACUUUAUUAUUGUUCUUAAGGCUACUUUUAAGUACAAAAAAAAGAUGGCCUGCCAAACCUUUUUUUUCUUCUUCUUCCAGGAAAAACAGGCCACAGAGAAUGGUAUAUUACAGAUUUACAAACACGGAGAGAAUUGUCAGAACGCACUGCGGACGGCGCGGCUCUGUGAAGAACCUCACUGAGCCCCCCACCCUUCCCCCACCGAGGCCAGGGAGUGUCCCUUCCCGGCCACCAUCCGCCCCAGGCCCCCUCCAGGGGGCUGCCUAUCCCAGAUAGGUCAGCGCACCGGGGCCUGGCCCUCCGCGCCACCGUCCCCUCCCAAAGCAACGGCCUCGGUGGCGGACGCCGGGCCCGGAGGGGCCGUUCUGCACAGAGCCGCCCACAGCGGGUUGUUUUCCUGUGGCGACGCUCAGUAGCCUGUAGCAAUAACAAACUAGUGGC